AUGGGCUCGCAGGAACUGCGACAGAUUCACGACAAUAUGCCAAAGCAGACGCGCAAAGAGCAGAAGGUAUGGAUAUACCAAUAUCGCAAUGCUGCGGAUAAGCCGUGGAAUUCCUUGUAUUCGUUUGCGGAACUGGAGCUUUUUCAUGAUGAUUUUGAAGUGAUGAAUCAGUUCACGAGUUGGGAGGCUGUGGGAAAACGCAGUUUUGUUGUUGUCAAGUUCAUUCGAAAUGGGGAGAAGGCAGGGUUGCCUUUGCUGGAGGGUGAGGUGUUGGAGAACACGGAUGAUGUUUUGUCGUUGGGAAUAUCAUGA